AUUGGAUUCAGCGUUUUUGCUAAUAGAGACGAUUGGACAUCAUAAAAGUCUAGAGUGCGGACAGUUGUAUUUUGCCGUAAACUAUUAACUUAAUUCUAAAAUUCGGCAAAAGAAAUGAGAAACUAAAAAUGCAAAUAUCACAGCAUUAAGAAACAAUAGAGAUCACAAAGCGGUUAGAAUAGAGUUCAUUAGCGUGAUAAAUUGAAUGAAAUUCAAAUAACAGGCAGAAAGCGAAGAUGCAAAAAAUCAAAUAAAAAGCAAAAAAGUUGCCGAUACGUGGUUAAUCAACCGACCGACCAACUAACCAAACCGGAUAGCACCAAACAAACGCCCAACCACCACCUUAGAAUACUCCACGUCAAUCAUUGUGUGUUUCUUAUGUGUAGAGUUCUUCAGGCUGUUACACCAAUCAAUCUUUCAAACUUACUGAGAGAAUUUGCCAAUAAUGUUGCAGACAGUAAGUUGAAAACGGCCGAUGUCAGACGUGUCGCUUUGGAAUUUUAAAAUCAAAUUCAUUGCAAACAAACACGUCUGAUGACAAAUAUUUUCGCCGACGCAGCGUCAAAAGCUAACGAACUUUGCGAAAACGCCGACAACAACGGCAACAACAGGAACAGGAAUUUAGCAUAUAGCAGAGUAAAAAAUAUAAAACACAGAGAGGUAACACCCACGGCACCUGCACAUACAAUCGCACCUAAAAAUCCAUAAGCGAGCGUACAAAUCGCCAACACUAAACACACGGUUCACAUCCACCUAUCUUCCCCUCUUAUCGACACACACGCACGUUUGCAUCCUAAAGCCAAACAAAUUUCUAUUUUGUUGCUAUUGUAACUACUAGUGAUAAGAACGAACGCACAAAGUGGAAGCGAGCGAAAACGAAAGAAAUAAAAUAGUCAAAGCAGUAGGAAGAUUCAGGAGAACGCACGUAUUAAUAUAAAUAAGCAUAACACAGGGAAGCGUAGUUAAGCGGACACAGCGUCACACACCUAGUUGAUUAAUUAAUUUAUUGUACGACCUUUUUAGUAAGCGUGAACACAUUUUAAUACUUUGCCACAAGUAGAAAGAACCGGAGAUAGGUACCUGUGCAUUUUCUCUCAACUUGCCAAAAAGCAUAACAAAAUAUCAAAAAAAUAAAACAACAAGACAACCUGCGUGUUCUGGUUGCCUGUCAGUAGAUAUUUAAGCAAAUAUCAUGACAUCAUACGCAACCGCAAAUGAUUCUAAUAACACAGUGACAGCAACAACAACGGGCACAAUGGAUAACACAAAUGUGGCUAACGCUACAGCAGCGCUAGCGUCAAACGCGCUAACUACAGACACAAUGGCAGGUGCAGAGAAUGUCGACGGCACGCGCAACUUUCACGCAACUAUCGAUCGUUCGCCUUAUGAAAGCCCAACAACACCGUCAACGUAUGACAGCGAUGUGCCACGGAAAUUAGGCGAAACAAUGCUGCAGCAACAACAACGGCAAUUGCAAGAUCAACAAUUGUUAGAUACGCCGACCAGCAAUUGUUGCACUGACUAUGAAUGUGAUUCGUUUUCGGACGGGCAUGAGAAGACCGAUACCACACCGGAAAAUUUGAAGAAGAUCGAUGAUGUCAUUGAGCAGCAAGCGCAGCUGCAACAGUUAAAAAACCGCUCAUCCUCGCAUUAUCUUGGCAAUACACAAGCAUUGGCAACUAAUGCUGACGCUUACGAUAGAGAUAUUAUUGGUGCUGGUUAUGGAGUUGGACUCGCUGUGGCGGUUGAUGACUCAAAUGCAAAAUUUUGCUUUGGCAAACCGCUUUGCAAUGAAAAAGAUAUGUUGAGCAAAAGCGAACGCAUAGAAAGCCACGGCCACAGCAUCGACGGUUCGACAGUCGAUUUGGGCAAAAGUAAGCGCGGUGCCGAUGGUCACGGCAGUGACAGCGGUUGCGUUACACCGUCCACUAUGUCGGACAGCAAUGCGGCGGCGCUAAUCGCCGGCGGUGCAGACAAUAGCGAGUCGUUGCCGCACGACGAUGAUUCAUCCGCAUCCAAUACAACUAAUACAACUACCACAACAGCAACAGCAAAUAAACAGUCGUACGCUUUUACAAUUGAUAGCUUCAAUGAUAGCGGUUGUGAUCCUGAAGCGGCUAAAGCGCGUUACAAAAGCAUGAUGGAGCGUUUUCAGAGUCGUCACCGACGCGGCGCGUCCAUGUCGAAACUGGAAGCUGGCGACGCGGCCGCCAAUAAGGAAACCACAAUGACCAGUUCAGUAUCGGCCACACCGCUAAGUGGCAGCGCGCAUGCACGGCAGGCGCGAAACAGUACGAGCGCCGCUGAUAACUCAUACGAUAACGGUGGCGGCGACGCGUCGAAAGUGAAGCUGCGUGUGCGCGAUCGCAGCACAUCACGUGUACGCGACGCCAGCAAGCGACACAGUUGGUCACCGCGUUCCAGCACACAGGAGUCACAGUUGCACGCGCACGGUCAGCAUGCCAUCGCGCAAACGCCAACAGCGCCACGUACUAGUCAGCAUAGCGCAAAUGAACGCGCGCAUACUGCUGCGCCAAAGCCCUUACCGCCAACGCGAAAAAACGUCAGCAAGCAGAAACCACCGCCGCUGCAGCUGCCCAAAGGCGCUGCCAACCUAGUAGCGAAUCGCACACAAUUCACGCCGCGCUCGACCGCUAUGCAAUUGGCCUUGCAGAAAGUGGACUUUCUGUGCGCACAGCCGCCGCUCGCCGAACUGAAGAACUACAACUUGGAGGCGGAUAAUAUCAGUGAAACCGGCACGUAUACGCUGGAUGGCGACAACUAUACGGAGGAGCAAAAGGAUCUGAUGAACAUCGACAAGAGCGCGCAACAGGCAUUGAAAGCACAACAACAGCGCCCGAAGAAUUUGCAAUUGAGCAACAGUGGCGUUGAUGUCGAAACGCAGCUGAGUAACACGAAAAUCCCAGUGCAUGUGAACAAUCGCUCGAAUGUGCUCGAGGUGAAUUACUACCAUGACGCAGAAGCCGAACAGGGUCCGCAAUCACCGCGCGCAUACAACGAGCGCGAUCUUAUUUUGGGUGCGCAUGACUCGGCAGGCGCAUAUUUGGAGAAGAUAAAGUCGCGCGUGCUGCGCAAUGCCUCGGCGACAAAGUCGGCACCAACGCAGGCUGAAAUCGGGCAGAAAACACCAACCGAGGACGAUGGCGAUUUGGGUUGCUUCACCAGCGUCACAACCAGUGGCGUGCUGGCCAAAAAGAGCGCGCUCGAUCCACGUCCGCGUUUGACGCGUAAAUCUGGCUUGUCCACGUCACAAAUAGACUCCUCCGAGUAUGUGAGUAAUGAGAUGAAGCUGAAGGCGAAUACAGCCAGCGCGUACGCGGGCGGUGGUUUCACUGAUCAUCAGAAAGCUGAGUAUCGUUUGAAUCUAUUCACCAAUCAAAAGGAUAACACGCAAGCGAAAUUUGCGGCGACACGCAGUUAUAUAGAAUCACCACCGGACACACCAACACAUCAAAAGCUAUCCGAUGCAGCGGUGCUGAAGACGGCACAAACAAAAAACGAUUGGAUACAGGAGUGGGCACGCAAUGCGCGGGCACGCAGCCUCGCCUCAGACACGUCGAAAACUCGCAUACACACAGACGCGUCGCAGACAGCGUUAAUGACGCGCAGCUACACGUGCGCUUCCGAUACAGCAGCCGGUGCUGAUUCGCUAACCGACGAUAGCAUUUACAAUAGCAAACAGUGCAUCAGCGCUGCCAAGCUGAAUCGCAGUCUUGCCGAGCGUUAUCGCUUGUCGGGCGAAUGUGACUAUUCGAGCGAUCCAACGUUGUCGAGCGGCGCGUACAGCAGCGGUGGACAGCCGGUCGAGGGCAUUUGCAAGCCACCAAAGAGUCCUUCGAAAAUACCCUCACCGCUGCAUUCAAUUGGUCGUGCGCGCAGUGCAAGUCGUACGCGUGCGCCGCUACAGAAUGUGAUGUUACAGGGUGGCGUUGGCGACGAAGAGGCGGAUAUUUAUUUGCAGAAGACAGCGGCUGCUAUUAGCAAUUUACAGCAGUCGCUUUCGCGCAAGAAUUCACUAAAAUCGCCGCCAACUACACAUUCUUCAGCGUCGCCACGUGCGCACUCGGCACGCUCGCAUGCUCAUUCCUCGGCGUUGUACUCGCCGCCAGACGACUGCGGCAGUCCACAGCACGGUUUGGGCUCGCCCACAUCUGCGGCCAGCGGCAGCGCUUACCAUCACUCACCGUUGCAUCGGCGCGUCGCUGCGAAUGAUCCCUACAGUCGCAAUGCACAGCAUUUGCAGCUGAUGACGAGCAGCUUCAAUGAGCAGCAAUUGAAGUUGCUCACCAGCGGUGAAUACUUGGCGCGGCAAAUGCGUGCGCGCAAGAACUCCUUCGAUGGCAACAUCAGCAAUUCGCCAGCACGCCGCGCGGCGGUAGCGGCGGCCAAUGCACAAGCGCAAGCGCAGGCUGGGCAAAGCGGUCAAGAGUCGCCAUUACGUCGGUCCAGUUCAUUCUCGGCGAAAAUAGCGACAACUCAACGUGCGGCGCGUCCACAAUUCUCCAACAUCUACACACCACCGGCUGCGCGACAUAAUUAUUCUCUGGUUGGCGGCGGUGAUGGGCAGUCCGCGGCGGCGGCAGCGCACAAAAAUGCUAGCAUUAUCAAAAAAUCGGCGAGCAGCAAUAAUUUCCGGCAUGCCAUCGGUGAUUACGAUGAAAAUUUCCAAUAUUACAUAAACGAUGAGGAUGACAUGGGCGAAGAGUAUUAUUCAAGUGGUGCUGAGGAAGUCGAGGAAGAGGAGGAAGACGACAAUGACCACUACUACCACCAACACGACGAUGAUGAUGUACCAGCGGAAGUGGAGAACACGACUGCAGUGCCGCUCUCCAAUACGCGUUUGAAUAAAGCACUACUGAUGCGCAUCGAACGUAGCAAGCAACGUGUAAGCGGCGGUUCCGCCACAGGCAAGCCAACUUCUGCGCCUGUAACGCGUUUGCAACAACAGCAAGCUGCCGGCUCAUGCGGCGUUAUGGCAUGCCCGAACACGCCCGAGCUACCGCGGCGUGGCAUACGCAGUGCGCCACGUUCCGGUGGCGCCGCAACGACGCGACAGUCAGUGCCGCGUGACACCAGUCUCAGUCGUUUGGCAUCACAGGUACCCAACUCGUUGGCCUCGGCCAAGAAGCAAUUGCUACAAACCGCCGCCGCUGUGCCAUCCACAACGAAGCUGUCGAAUCAGCGGGUGCAACCGAAGUAUUUGGACAUAUCGAAGUACAAGCCGGCGCAGGGCAAUAAUUUUCUACGCAAGAACGAUUCCAAAAGCACACUGAAAACGUCAGCAUUGAGCGGCGACAUGAUGAAACGCAGUCCGAGCAGCUCAUCGAUGGGGCUGAGUCGUGCGGAUCCGACACGCACCAGCAAUCGCAGUGUACGCUCGGUGGCCUCGUGCAUGACCACAAGUGGCACUACGCUUGGCGGUGGUGGUGGCGGUGGUAUGAACGGCGGUCGUGCCUCAUCAGCGGUGCGUAGAGACCAGUCGGUGACCAAACAAAAGGAGGCAGAAAUGGCCAUGUGGAAGCGUCGCUCCACGUACGAUCCCAUGAAGGCGGCAGCCGAAGAUCGCCGCAAGAAAGAGGAAGCCAAGCGCUUGGCGCUCGCCAAGAAUAUGGGCGAAAUGCCGUGCGAGAGUGCAGCACGUACGCCACCGCCAUUCAAGCAACAACUAUCGCUGGACGAACAAUGGACCGAGUAUGGUGAAGACGAGUGCGUCUAAGGCGCGGGGUAGUGGAGGGACAUGAUUUAGUGAACCAGCAGCGUCCAGUGAAGAGCAGCCAAUUUUAUGAGCGACGAACAAAUGCGUUUAAAAAAGCUUUUGAAAAGUGAUACAUAGGAUCUACUAUUAAAAAAACAAAAACAAAUAUAAUUAAAUUAAAACCUAUUAUUAAAUAUUGUUAAACAAAACGUGAACAACUAUUGCUGAUAGUAUAUACUAUAUAUGUAAUUACGCGAAUUGAGUUAGGUAACUAGUUGUUGCAAGUUUGUCUCUGGCAUAAAUACACUUGUGCGCCGUCGUCUUGGCAUACUGCUGGAAGAAGGCAUUAUGCGUUUGAUAGUUGAAAACUGUAUUGACGGCAUAAAAGAUAUGAUUUAAUUGAAUAUAUUUAAUAAUAACUUGUAUACAUACAUAUAUAAUAUUAUAUGCAACUAUUUUGUGAAUGGCAUACACCUAUUAUGCGUGUGUCUGUGUGAUAGUAACAUAAACACACAAGCAAAUUUGAAACUAACUAAAAAUAAAUUAUAUAUUUAUAUAUAAAUAUAUAUAUUUCGUUGCAGUGUGCAAACUGUAAUUUUUUAUUCUGAAAAGUAGCAAACUAUAUAUUUAUGAAAAUAUAUGAAAAUGUAUGAAACAGCAUACUAUGAAAAUACUCGUUAACAAUUUUGAUUUUGCCUUAAGUUAUGCUGCUUUUAACUGUAUACUAACACUAUGCAUACCAUAAACUAUGUAUGUGCAUACAGUUGUAGCGAUUUUGUUUACUAUAUAAACGUAUAAAUAUACACUGUCUUGAUGUAAUGCAUGCGCAUGCGCAUAGGCGUGCGUUUAAAGCAAUUAAUAAACCUACUAUGUAUUUUUUACAUUACUGUAUAGGCGCUGUAAUAAUUUUGAUAAGUCGUUGCUUUAGUAUUUAAAACAAAUACAUAUGAAUGAAUGAAUAAAUAAAUAAAUAAAUGUGAACACGUAGCGCAAACAAA